UGCGAGUUGUGAAGUUGUGAAAUAAAGAACUAUAACAAAAUAUUCAAUAUUGUGAAUGACGAAUGUUAAAGAUGUGAACGAUAUGAAGUGAACGCUGCAUAUUAUGUCAGUAUUUUAUAUUGAUACGAUAUGUGUGUGUGUAAUGAAACAAUUACUGUUUAAAUUAUUUAAUUAUGUUAGGAAAUUAAGCAAGUAUUAUCAUUUGAUUGUAAUUAAUUCACAAUUCAAAUUUAAUACAAUAGCUUAUUAAUUGCUAUUACGUCCAAAUUAAACUAUUUUUUCAAGUACAUAUUGUGUCCUAUUUCAUUUAGUGAAAGACAAUUUUUUGUUCAACAAGUCACUAUCGAUUAUGAAAGAGCCACAGAGUUUAGAAACAAACAGAUUGUCAACUAAUACAAUGAGCAACAGUACUUCAAUAGACGAAGAACAUGUGUGUAAGCUGGUUCUUUACAUGGAUAUACCAAGUAUCAACGUUCGUGUAUGGGAUGUAGCAAUACUUAUUCCGAACUUAAUAUUCAUGAUGUACUUAGUGACCAAGUUUAGUCGUGCCAGAUUAAAACUUCGAGCUGCUAAUAGUCCUAUUUUUUUUACAUUCUACUGUUUGGUUUUAUUCAAUGUAUUUACAAGUAUACUAAGAUGCCUAAUUUCAAUGACACUGAAUUUUAGUAAUUUGGCUGCUGAUUCCAUCAAUAUAACACUUUGGAUUUUAGUCAAAUGUUUCUUUUUGGCUACUGAAAUGAGUGUGGUAGUCUUUGCCUUAGCUUUUGGUCAUAUGGAAAGUAGAAGCAGUAUAAGAUAUGUACUAAUUACAACAUCAUUUAUUUCAUUAGCAUACUCAGCUAGUCAAGGAGCCUUGGAAAUUUUUAUGCCAGACUCCAUUUUUAGAAUUAACUCGAAAGAUUUAAAUUUAUUUGGUCAUGGUGGUAUUGUAUUUUGGUUAAUUAGUUCUGUCGUUUUUACUAUGCUGUAUUUGCUCAUAUUGGUAUUGCCUCAAACUAGACUUCGAGAGAAACUUGCAUUACCAGUUAACCGGUCAUUUUAUGUAUAUGUAUCACUUUUAGCACAAUUAAACGGGAUUGGUUCUAUUGGCUGUGCAUUUCUGCUACUAAAAAUUACAGAAGGACUUUGUAUUGUUGAUGUAACAACGUUACUAUAUUUUACACUAUUUACACCUCUAGUCUACAUAACAUUUUUGAGCUCAUUCUUUAGUGUAUCACAAUCAAGCAUUAUGUUUUCUUACAAAGCACAAAACGAUGAUCGAGUUGAAGACGAUACUGUUUCAUUACCUCAUCAACCAUCAUUUUCAUCUUUAAAAACUGAUUCAGACUAUAUUUAUCAGACAGAUAAUAUAUACAACAACACUCGUUUUUCUGUUAGUGACAGACAAAUUGCAAAUCCGUUGUACAAUGCCUCAUUACAAAGUCCUGACAGCAUUACUGGUUAUAGCAUGGAUGAGCAAACUAUUGACAUUGAAGAACAAAAAAAGUAAUAAUGUGGUUAGUUUUAGAAUAUUUUUUUGGUGUUCCUGUGUUUGCUUUAUUAUUUUAAUAUUUUUACUACCUAGUUGGUUAAGUUGUGUAAUAGAUAAUUAUAUAAUAUAUUUUUUAAAUAUAAAUUUAGUCAAUUUAAAUAAUUAGUGAAAUUACCAUCACAAUUUUAAAUUACUCAAUUAUUUAAUUAUUACUUAAGCUUCUAAGUGUUUUUUUUAAAAAUAUUUUUUAUUCUAGAUUUACAACUUUCUAUGAAGUAUUAUAUAAUUUUAUAGUACAAUAAAUUGUGAUUUAUUUUUGUUUAAAUUAUAAUAUCCGAUAUAACAUAUUUAAGCGAAUUACACUUAGUUGAUUCCUUUAAUUUGCACAAUAAUAAAUUUAUAACGUACAUAAAACAAAUCAUAUAUUAUGUAUAUAUUAUAAGCCUAAUCUAAAGAAAUAUGAAAAUAUGAUUUAGAUUAAAUCUUGUUUUUAGCCCUUUAAUUGUAAAUAUUAGCUUUGAUGAAUUGUAUAAUCAAUGACUAAAUAUAGUACCAUUAAUUUAUUAA